CGGGGAUGACGACUGCCACUUUGUGCGGUAUACGUUAGGAAGGUAAACACUACUGCAUAAAAUCUUCAAUCGUAUAUUUUCAUCUUAAAUAUAAUGUUUAAUCUGACAAAGAAAAUUAAUCUCAAAGUUAUGGUAAAACAGAAAUAAAUUAAUAAUAGUUAUGAGCUUUGCAGAGCAAAUUAUUGAAUUUAAAAACACUUCAUUAUCCAUUUUCAUUCAAACUUGCCAUAUGAUUUAGCAUCAUGCUAAAGGUUUUCAACAUACUAGUCCACAUGGUCCCUUAUCCUAGACUAAAUUUUCCCUAAUCCUAGUUUAAAUAGUCCCUUAUUCUAGACCAAAUUAUCCCUAAUCCUAGUUCAAAUGGUCCCUAGUCCUAGACCAAAUUAUCCUUAAUUCUAGAUCAAAUGGUUCCUAAUUCUAGGCCUACUGUUUCUAAUCCUAGGCCAAAUGAUCACGAGUCCUAGACCAAAUUGUCCUUAAUUCUAGAUCAAAUGGUCCCUAAUGUUAGCCUAAAGUCCCUAAUCCUAUAUAAAAUGGUCCCUAAUUCUAGGCCUAAUGUCGCUAGUCCUAGGCCAAAUAAUCCCUAAUCGUAGACCAAAUGGUCCCUAAUCAUAGGCCAAAUGGUAUAUUUGUCAAAGCUCAUAUAUGGCUGGCUUAAUCUACGAUUGUUUCAUGAAAUAUAGCUGUCCAUAUAAACAAACUUGAUUCGCUGUCCAUGUAAACUAACAUGGCUUUUCUGUCCAUAUAACCAAACUUGACUCGCUCUCCAUGUAAACUAACAUGACUUUUUCUGUCCAGAUUAACUCAAAUAACAUUGCUGUCCAGAUAAUCUAACCGGAAUUCUAUCAUCAGAUAUCUAGAGCACGACCUCGGCGUGACCACGUUCAUCCACCAGCGGGACCUGGGACCAGGCUACACCGACCAACAGCUCUUUGAGGCCAUCAGAGACAGCUGGAGAAUCCUUCUGGUGAUCACCACCAACUUCCUCCUCCACUACGACCAGGCCACCAUCGUCAUGAAGGUUUGAGAUCCAGUGAACAUUGUCUCUGCUUGUGCUAAUGCUUUCUAUACAAAUGUCUUUGAAAUGUCUGUGCUUAACGGAAACGCUUCUUUAAGGCAUAGACAUUUAAAACACAUUUGUAUAGUAAACUUGUCUUUAAAUGGGUAAAUAUUAAAAAGAUGUGGUGGAUCACUCAGUGUAUAUCGUAUGGAAUCGCGACUCAGAAAUGGGAACAUGCUACACAUAUGAUAGUUUUAGACAGACGCCUUAAAGAUAAUUGCCUAAACAAUUUAUGCAAUAGUUUUCUAUGUUUAACAUCUCCAGAUAUUACAUUGGUGAUGUAUUUCAAUCUUUAUAAUGUGUGUGUUUAUUUAUUUAAUAUCCUCACCUCCCCCACCACAUCCCCCCCCACAGUACGCCAGCCACUCGGUGACGUCCAUGAACCAUGACCGCGUCCUGGUCCUCGUCCAGCAGACCCAGGUCAAGAACAUCCCGGACUACUUGUUCGACGUCCUGGACGACACCAGGAUCAUUGUCGUCCGGGAUCUGGACCAGACCUUGACCUACGAGCAGCGGCAGGGCAUCCGCGAUUGUUUGAGGUCACCGUGACACGCGACCCUCGCUGAGUGAAGGGCGCGUGCUGACCUCACGUGGGACCUGAUGGAGGACAAACAGUAUGAGAACCUUACGAUGUGUAAACGUAUAAAAACGGUGGCAGUGUGUCAGCAAUUAAGAGGGGCGCUGACGUAACCAGUUUAUGCUGCUGAUGACGUCACACACACAUAAAUAUACUGUAUAUAUGUAUAUAUCCUUUCUUCCCGAUGUUGGAGUAAGUCUACCCACCUGACAAUUCAGCGGUCCUCAACGGGAAAUUAAUUUUAAUUUUAAUUGAAUGCGGACCUCGAAAGCUGAUAAUCAUACCUGACGCGGUAGCGAAGGGGCUAGCUACUGGUAGCAGAGAGGUUCAUUGAGUACAGAUGGGUCCUUAACGAAGACCGCCUGGUGCGAAAAGAUUGAGAACCUCCGUGAUAAAAAUUCUCAGAAACUAUCACUGCCUCUCCAUGAGUGGCAUUCAGAUUGUAUGAAAUGACAUGAGAGUUUGUCAUGAAAUCGAUGCUUUAAACUAAGUGACAAUACAAUCUAUAUCAACUAUUGUGACAAUACAAUCUAUUUCUCUUAUUGUGACAAUACAAUCUCUUUCAACUAUUGUGACAAUACAAUCUAUAUCUACUAUAGUGUCAACACAAUUUAUAUCAACUAUUGUGACAAUACAAUCUAUAUCAACUAUUGUGACAAUACAAUCUAUAUCAACUAUUGUGACAAUACAAUCUAUAUCAA